AUGAUUCGGUAUAGCAUUAUGAUUGGGUUAUUGUUCAGUGUAAGCACUGCAUGGACUGAAGUGGUAAUUUUUGAAGCCAAAGGUAGAUUACUGUGCAACGGUAAAGAUCACGGAAAACAAGGACUUGCCGGAUGGCCAAAAAUUGUUCAGUUUUGGAACAUGGAAACUGACUCACCAAUAUCAUUAGCUGCUGGAUUUGAGGAAGUUAACAACCGUAAGGGUAUCUUUUAUGUUCGCGCUGUUGAACGACACGGUUCACCGGUAGCACUUAAAAUACUCCAUCAUUGCUAUCGUUCACCACUGAAGGAUUGUUACAAAGUGGAUUAUCUACCGAUUCCAUCAAAAUAUGAGAACAGGCGGUUUGAUGCUGGUAAUAUUGAGCUCCGAGACAGUUUGGGCACGUUUGAGACGCGGACUAGAGAUCCUUGCAUACCAUUCUAA